AUUUUAAAAACCACUCUCAACAUCACGUAGUGAACAAAUAAUAUAAUUUAUUUAAUGUUUUAGAUUCUUGUUCUUCGAAGAGAAUCCAUAAGAAAAAGAAUAAACUAAAAAAAAAUGGAUUCAAUAGAUCGUGGUUCAGUCAAAGAUGUUGAUCAACAGCAAUUUAUAGUUGGAUUUGCUGAAUUUCUUAAAAAAAAACAGGCAAACUUGAAGUGCCACCUGGUAAUUGGGUCGAUAUUGUCAAAUUAGGUAUUCACAAAGAGAUGGCUCCUAUUGAUCCCGAUUGGUAUUAUACACGAUGUGCAUCGGUUGCGCGUUUUCUUUAUUUUACGCCGAAUCGGUGUUGAUGCAUUUACACGUGUUUAUGAUGGUUUAAAACGAAAUGGUGUACGACCAUCUCAUUUCCAACGUGGUUCACGUAGUGUUGUGCAUAAAUUUAUACAAUUACUGGAAAAAGCUAAAAUUCUUGAAAAAUUUCCAUCAGGUGGUCGUGCGCUUUCACAAACAAGCAGACGAAAUAUGGAUACUAUUGCUAAACAAGUUGCUGAAAAACUUGCUCGACAACAACAACAGUAA